CAUCUCCCACCCAGGGCACCACACACUCGACAAUAACAACAACAAAUCCGGCACGAGUCACAAGAAAAAAGGCGCCAAGCGAGCCAGAGAUCUUCGAGCACAUGCUCUCACGUUAGCCGCUGACGACGACGACGACGACGGGCCUGAAACGCCAAACGAACGACAAGACUCUGCCCACUUUAAAACCCACCCAUCGCACCUCGUCGCUCCACCCACUCCACCCACCACCCACCAACAACAACAACAACAUGGACACGGAUUCGGGUGGUUCAUCGUCCAAUACCCCCAGUAGAGGGCCGGGUUUAGAGUCACCUCGUGUAUCGCAGCGCGCAUCAAAUUCCUGCGCAUUCUGCACAAAGCGCAAGAUCAAAUGCAACAAGGCAAUCCCAUGCGACAACUGUAUCCGGCGCGGACAUCCAGAGUCAUGCACACGCUUGCCGGCGAUCGUGCGGGGCCGGCUCAUCAACGCGCCGAGCGCGGCACAGCGUGCGCCGCUCACGCCUGACCAGAUCCGGCUGCUGCGCGAGGGGCAGCUGCAGCGCGAGAACGUUGGGCUGCGGCGGCGUGUAGGCGAUCUCGAGAGCCGCAUUCGCGAGCUGGAAGCCGGCGGUAGCGGGAGCACGCCGUCUGCCCGCCCCGGAAGCCGGGCAAGAGACAGCGGCCCCGCGUCCGGGCCUACGCCGUCGUCGAGCGCCGACUCGCCGCUGGACGGCGGCAACGCCUUUGCGCACCUGCUAUCUGCGGCGAACGGGCACGCAGCCUCAGGCCACACAGCCCACCGAGAGGGACCGGAGAAGAGCCGCCAGGACGACCCUGACGUCCUCGAGCCCUUCGUACACGUCAUGGGUAUCCCCAAGCAGCCGGAGCGCGCUGGCAGCCCCCACCCGGGUCGUGGGAGUACGAGCGGCAACGGCGGGUUGCCUGACCUGCCAAGUCGCAAGUCGACCGACCUCGGCCAGACCGACCUCCUCACCCUCCUCCCGACGCCGCCGCAGAGCAGCCUCAUCAUCCGAGCAUCGUUCAAGUACCUCUGCUUCUUCCACCCGAGCGUGCAUGUGCCCACAUUCAUCAAGGAGCACGACGAGUGGAUCGCGGCCACGGCCGAGGGCGAGAACCUGGAGAAGGGCGACGCGUGGCUCAGCUACUACUUUGGUCUGCUCUCCGUCGGCAUGUACAUGUGCGGCGACCUCCUCGCGCCCGAGCUCAACCUCACUGGGGACGAGACACUAUCGCUGGCGUCGUUCUGGUUCGACGUGACGCUCGAGGCGCUGAACCGUUCCAAGUUCAUGUCGACAAAUCCGACCAUGGAGGCGCUCAUGACCAUCUGCAUCUUGCCGAUCGUGUCGUACCACUUUGGCGCGUCGGCUUACUGCGAGAUGCUCCUCCAUGUGGGGUUACGCAUCGCGCAGAUGCUCAGGUUGCACCUCCUCACGCCAGAACCAGAGGACAAGACGGACCUGACCCCUGGGCUGAUCUACCGCGAGCAGGGUCGGCGGAUCUGGCUUCACCUGAGGCUGGGUGAAGGCCGACCAGACUUUGCAAACAUUGGCGGACUGCGCCUGCCCCAGGGUGCUACGGCCGAGCCGCUCAAUGUCGACGACGAGGACAUUACGGAUACAACGGCGAAGCCCAGGCCACUGUCAGAGUUUACGCGCAUCACACACCUUCUCUGCGCCGGCCGACGCUACCGCAUCUUCAGGCAGUUCGCCGAGGCCUUUGCCGAAGCGACGUCCCUCAAGGACCAAUAUGUCAUUGCCAUGGCGGCCGACCAGGCGCUCCAGGCCAACUUUGCGACCUUCCCCGCACUCAACGGCACCGAUGGCGACACGUUUGAUGAGCAGUUUGACCUCAACGGUCCCCACGACUUUAGGCCGCACUCGAGGUACAUCUGGUCGUUACUUCAGGCGUCGGGUACUGUGCUGGUGUACCGCAGUUUCCUCGGCCGCGCAUAUGUUGACGAGAGAUUCUCAGAGGUCCGGGAUACCUGUCUCGCUGCCGCACGCGAGAUUCUGCGACAGCGCAGACGGCACGUUCCGCCCAUGUUCCUCCGCGCGUGGCCUGUGGCGUCGUACACCGUACUCGCUGGUGUCGUCCUGGGGACAGAGUUGGUACACGGCAGUCCAACCGACGCCGAGCGCGCGCAGCUCGUGGCCGACGUGCAGUUCGCCAUCGACUCGCUUUGGCUGUGCGGCUCGAGCUCGUUGGUGGUGCAGCGUGGCGUGCUCCUGCUACGCCGGUUCGUCGAAGCGCCGGCCAAGCCGCCCGCGUCCGUCCCCGAGAACAUUGCCGCAGCGGUGGGCGGCGUCGCGCCCGCGAUCGUGGCCGGCGCGCCGUUGCCAGCCGCGCAGGAGCUGUGGCCCACCAUGCAGCUCGAACACCCGCCCUCAGGCCCGGGUGAUGUGUGGGUGGGCGAGGACGUGUGGUCGUCUGCGCUGGUCGCGCUCGAGAAUGAGGAGAGCAGCGGGUGGUGGACGACGCUGCUGUAGACGGCAGAGUCGCUGAUGUUGUACGCUGGAUGUAGUCUUGCCAAGGAAGCAGAGGGAUGCCGAUGGCGCUGGUAGCGAGCGUGAUGGGCAUGGCCUGGAGCGACCGUUGAGCUCAUGUAGCGGACUCGGCGCCGCCCCGAGAUCAUAUCGUCGGGUUUCGGAUUGUCUCACCGGAAUCCCUCCAGUCUUUACCGUCCUGAACCGCGUUAUGCCCUCUCUCAACCCUCUCG